AUGGUGGGAUGGCUGACAACCCUGAGAAGGUGCCCUGGUAAUGGCGGGGUUGAUGUUAGUGGUGGUGCCGCUAGUGUUGGUGAUGGCGCUGCUAGUGUUGGCGAUGGUGCCGCUAGUGUUGGCGAUGGUGCCGCUAGUGUUGGCGAUGGUGCCGCUAGUGUUGGCGAUGGUGCCGCUAGUGUUUGCGAUGGUGCCGCUAGUGCUGGCGAUGGUGCCGCUGGUGUUGGCGAUGGUGCCGCUGGUGUUGGUGAUGGUGCCGCUGGUGUUGGUGAUGGUGCCGCUAGUGUUGGUGAUGGUGCCGCUAGUGUUGGUGAUAGAGUCCGCUUCCUCCUCUUCCCCCUCCCCCCCUACUCCCCUUUCUCCCCCUGCUCCCUCUCCCCGUUUCCUUCCGCCCCGGAACCCUCCCCUGCCACCUCUCUGCUGUCUUGGUUCCUCUGCCUCCAGCCCCCCAACCGCGCCCCCAUCCGGCCCGCGCAGUUCCUCGCGCUCCCGCCCUCCGCCACCGUCCCUUCCGCCGUUGCCGCGGCCAGGCGCGAAAUGAUGCGCGCUGGGGGAGGUGCGGGCGCGGGGGGGAGAGAGAGCGGGGAGAGUGGGGGAGAGGACGGCAGGGAUGGUAGAGGUGAUAGGGGUCGGAGAGGUGAAAGGAAGAAUUCAAGCCGAGGUAGUCUGGCGAGUGUAGGUGAAGGGAGUGCUGGGGAUGAGGAGGAGGAAGCGGAGGAGGAGGAGGAGAACGAGGAGGAGGAAGAGGAGGAGGAGGAAGAGGAGGGGGAAAAGUCAGAAGGCGAGGAGAGAGCGGAAGGCGGGGCUGGCAGCGGCGGCGACGGCGCGAUGAGUUGGCUGGCAGGUGGCAUGACAGGAGCAGAGGACGAGCUGUGGCCAGCUGAUGCGCUCGUGUCCCUCUGCUCCGCAUCCACUCUCUGUCUCUGGCAUGCCUCCUCCGGCCGCUGCUGCCGCCGCCGCCGCCUCCCCCCCUGGGUGGGCACCCCUGCUGCUGCUUGCCUUGUCCCUGGCUCGUCCCACGCACUUCUCUGCAUUGCUGGGAAUGAUACUGCUGCUGCUGCUGGUGCUGGUGGGACUGCAGGCGCCGGCGCGGGGGGGAAGGCUGGGGGAGUGGCCGGCACAGGCUCUCCUAAGUCUCCCCUGCAUGGCGGAGCGGGGGGAGGGGGGAAGGAGGAGAAGGGGCGCGGGGGCGCGGGCGGGGGGAAGAGGAGGGACGGCGGAGGGGGGGCAGGGGGGGAUGCGACAGGGGCAGGGGUGCGUGGGUCUGUCGUGAUUGUAUCAGCCGUAUCACUAUCCGUGCUACAAACGGUGGUGCAUGGAAGCUUGCCUCUGUAUAGUCCCAUUGCCGCUGUAGCUGUCUCCCUAGCCACACCCCCUCCCCGGUUUUGGAGCAGCAGCAGGGGGAGUGGUGGAGGGGGAGGUAGCGGGGGGGGCGGGCAGGGCGGGGGGGGUGGGGGAAGUGGGGGAAGUGGGGGAAAUGGGAGAGGUGGGACUGCUGUGGUAGGUGUGUCUGGGAGUGAGUGGAUACGGGUGGUGGUAUGGGUGACUGACUCAGCUGGUACGUGCCGUUGCUGGCCUACCUCCGUCCCGUCCCCUCCUCGCCUGCUUGCUGCUGUUACUGCUGCUGCCUCCGCCUAUGCCUCGGCUACUGCCUCUGCUGCUGCGUCUGCGUCUGCUUCCCGGCUUGUGUCACAACCUCCUGGUUCUGCUGCAGCAGCAGGGGCAGGGGCAGGGGCAGCGAUGCACGGAGCAGCAGCGAUUAGCAGCAGCAGCAACAGCAGCAGCAGUUCCAGUCUUCCUGCUGCGGACGGUGGCACUGGCACCGGCAGCAGCAGCAGCAGCAGCAGCAGCAGCAGCAGCAGCAGCAGCAGCACAGGUAGACCCACUUCCCACAGCAGCCUAGCCGCUGUGUUCGCAGCAGCGCCAUCUGCUGCCGCUUCCGCAUCUCUCCCUCCGCACGUGCUAUCCUGGCCAGGCGACGUCCCGCCUGGUGCCCCUCCUGGCCCCUCCCGCUCCCGUGCUUCCUCUGCUGCACCCACUGCUGCACGUGCCUCUUUCCCAGGCGCUGGAGCUGCUGCAGCUGCACAGGGAGCAGCAGCAGGGGGGGUAGGAUCGGGGGGAGCACGCACAGGGGAAGAGGGACCAGGAGCUGGGAGGGCGGGAGCAGGGGUGGCCGGCAGGGCGUCGUCUGGUUCCCAAUCCUCGCUUCCUUCUCACCCUUCCGCCUCCUCAGCCUUAUCGCCUUCCUCUAUUCAACCACCAUCGCAGCUGCGCGGGCCUUCGUCUUUCCCUGCAGCCCUCACUGCUUCGCCCUCCUCGCCCUCCUCUCCCACCGCCCGCACCUCCCACCUGCUCGUGACGCCUGUGCCUGCCACUUCCACCCUCGUUCUCGCUGCUGCUGCGCUCGUAUCCGCCUCCUCUGCAGCAGGAGCAGCAGCAGCAGCAGCAGCAGGGUUGACAGGGCACACACCCUGGGGAAUCGGGGUCUCUUCUCCUCUAGGCCCCACUGUAACACCCCACGUGGAGGCUCCCUAUUGGCUGCACAAUCUCUCGCAGGCAGGGGUCCUGGUCCCUGGGGCAGCGUUUGCGCGCCUGCCCUCCGCGUUUGGGCGCAUAGCAGGGGCGAGAUUCGUGUCCCCCUGCGCCCACGCGCGCUGCUGGGGGGGAGGCAGCGCGGCAGGCGGGGGGGGCGGGGCGGAGAUUGUAAUCUGGGAUGAGAACGGCGGCGCUGUGUGCUGCUGCCUGCGGGAGAGAGCAGGGGAAGGGGGAAGCGGAGGAGGAGGAGGAGGAGGAGGAGAUGGAGACGGAGGAGUGGGAGGAAAAGGAGGGGGGAGCAGGGGAAUGGGAGGGGCAUCAGAGGGAGGCCAUACUGCCUCCCUGCCAGGAGGACCCUCCCAUGCUGUGGCUUGGUCUCUAGAUCUCCUCGCCUGGUUACCCCCUGCUAUGCCUCCUGCUAUCAGCUUUGGGGUGGUUGGCCGGCGCUUUGGCUUCUGCCGCUUCUCCCAGUCCUUGCUGGUUCGGACCGAGAGCGGCCCGCCGAUCCUGGAAGAGAGGCUCGGGAUGGACCCGAUGGUGCUGGUAUGGAAGAUGCGGCGUGGGGGAGGGAGACACAGCAUAGGUAUGGGCAUGGGCAUGGGCAUGGGCAUGGGCAUGGGCAUGGGCAUGGGGAUGGGGAUGGGGUUUCCGAGCAAUGAUGGCAGCGGUUAUGGGAUUGGGCAUGGGCACGGUCAUGGGCAUGGGCAGUGGGGGCACGGGGAGCAUGGGGGGGAAUACCUGAACUUGGAUGGGCAUGGCUCGUGGGAGGCAGAGGUAUCGGGACGAGCGGCGACCAUGGUUGCUUGGUCAUCCUUACGGCAAGGAUGGGACGUGAGGGGGGAUGUGAGUAGCAUUAUUGGCAGUAGCAAAGCGUACUUGUCAUCGUCACCAUCAGCAGCAGCAGCUGUAGCAGCUACCGCAGGAGCACCGUUAGGAGCAGGAGCAAGAGCAGGAGCAGGAGCAGCAGGAGGAGGAGCAGGAGGAGGAGGGGUAGAAGAUGGAUUCAAGAAGCAGUGUGAGGAGAGGGCAGACGGGGCAGUGACGACAGCCAUGCUGGUGGGUGGGGGUCGCUUCGGCCCCUCCCUAGUACUACGAGGAUUCGCCAGUGGUAAGAUCCAGGCUGUCCCCCUCUUCCGCCUCAGCUCCUCCCCAGAUAGCACUGAUAGCGCUUCAGGAGAAUCCCAGGGGCCACCAGAUGGUUCGGCAGCAUCCGGUUCGGAAGCUGGUUCAGGAGGUGGUUCGGCGCAUGGUUUGGCAGGUGGGAGGGGGGGCGGGAGUGAGGGCGGGGGGCGGGAGAGGGAGUGGUGGUUGGAGGGGCAUGAGGGACCUGUGCUGUGCAUGCUGGAGCAUGCUGCUCCCUUGGAGUGGAUACCACGUAGUGAAUGGUGGCCAGAUGACGGAAACGAGGGUGCUUGUGAGGCUUGUGCUGCUGGUGGUGCUGCUGCUGGUGGUGGUGCUGCUGGUGGUGGUGCUGCUGCUGGUGGUGCUGCUGCUGGUGGGUUUGGGCAUGAUGGUGGUGCGCAGACGGAGGGGAGUGCUGGUGGGAAGGUUACAGAUGGCCGCAGCAGAAGCGGGCUUGGGACUCAAUUCCAGCAGCAACAGCAGCAGCAGCAGCAGCAGUCGGCGGUGUUGCGCCGUGUGCUUGUGAGUGGGGGCAUGGACGGCACUAUCAGAGUGUGGGACUUAGGCUGCCUGCAGUACUGCCGACACCGCACUCACACCCACACCCAUAUUCACACCCACACAGCAGCAUCAGCAGGACAAGCAGCAGCAACACCAGCAGCAGCAGCAGCAGCAGCAGCAGCAGCAGCAGCAGCAGUGGUGAGGUUGCGCCCCUUAGCCACUCUCCGUCACCACGUGGCACCAGUAAGGCGUCUCUUACACCCUCCUCCCGGCACGCUCCCCCCCUGGCGCUACUGCUUCGCCUCCCUCUCAGACGACGGUGCGGUCGGUAUCAGCUCUCUGGAGACGCUUAGAUGCGAAAGAUUGCUGCCCGGUCACCGCCUGCCCGUGGAUAAUAUUUUGUGGGACGGGCAGCGGGGGUACCUGGUUUGUUUGAGUAAGGGGAAGAGCGGGGCGCAGAAGGGAGGAGGAGGAGGAGGUGGGGGAGGGGGUGGUGGUGGGGGGAGUGGAGGAGGAGGAGGUGUAGGGGGAGCGGGAGGAGGUGUGCUAGCGGGAUGGGAUGGUCGUGGUGGUGGUGACUUGGGGCAGUCGGGCUUGAUUGUGUCGAAAGGGAGGAGGAAAGGGCAUGCUUCAGGACCCAACGCAUCCGUUCUGGCUGAUUUAGGGGCGGCUUUUAGUGCUGCCCAGGAACAACAGCAGCAGCAGCAGGAGCUAGGGACAGGGAAGCGGCCUGUGUUUGAAAUAGGCGGAGGGGCGAGUAGCGAUGCUCUUGAUGUGUUUGACUCGGGGGCUGUCUCGAGACGAGCGAGCCACACAGCAAGUGAAAGCAUCGGUGCUGCUGGUGGUGUUGGUGGUGGUGGUGGUGCUGGCGGUGGUGCUGACAGCAUUGCUACCAGCAUGGCUGCUGCUACUUCCCAAUUGUCAGAGACUGCUGGUGCCGCUGGUGGUGCUACUGGUGUUGCUGGUGCUGCGGCAACAGCAACCAUACCAGCUGCAGCAGGUGCACUAUCUGCUGUGCCACAGCUGGUGCCAGGCUCACCAGGGACAGCACGAGCAGGCGCGGCAGGAGCGGCAGGAGCGGCAGGAGCGGCGGGCAAGGGAGGAGUGGGAGGAGCAGCGGCAGGAGCAGCAACAGGAUCGGGAGCAGCAGGAGCAGCGGCAGCAGCAGCAGCAGCAGCAGCAGCAGCAGCAGCAGCAGCAGCAGCAGCAGCAGCUAAGGACAUGCUAUUCGUGUGGGACCUGCACUCAGGCGCGAGGGAGAGGAUACUCCGAGGCAACCCUGCCAACUCGCUCUUCUCUUUCUUUGCUGCCAAGAUCAAAGCCUCUGCUCACUCCUCCGCCGCCGCUGCUGCUGAAGCUGCUGCGCCCCCGGUUGAGAACCUUCUGCUGGAGUUUGAUGCGGUUGAUCGCGGUGCGGAGGUGUGGGGAGACGGGGUCGGGGAGGAGCAGGCGGAUCAAGGAGACCUUAGUCUCGCUCUCUCUGCUCUCCCCCUGCCGCCGCCCCCACCCAUGCCCCGCUGCCUUGGGCUUGAAAGAAGAGAUAGCAGUGGCGGUGGCAGUGGUAAUAGCUUGAACGACUUUGCUGCUGGAGCAGGGGAGCGUGCUGUUUCAGACCAGCAGCAGCAGCAGCAGGGUGAGGGGGUGGAGGUCUCCACCGCUCCACCGCACCACGGCACCGCGUUACACCAUUCCACACCGUGGGACUCACCGGUCUGGCAGCGGCUGUGGACGGGUGAAGCCAUGGCGCUGCGCAAUGCCAUUCGGUACCUGCACCUGUGGGGGUGCGACUCCCAGUUGGACGCUGCUUUAUCUGCUGCACUAUUGGUAUCAGAGCCGGCGCAAGUGUGUGUGGGGGCCGGGCUUGCUGGGGAUAACGGGGCGCUCACGCUCUCAUUCCCGGGACAGCAGGGCCGCGCGGAGCUCUUCCGCACCUCGCCGCACUUCUCAGCACUGCGCUCACUCGCCCUGGUGGCCCUGGCGCAGCGCAUCAUGCACCUGCUGCCCCCGCACCCGCCCUCGCUCUCCCGCCGCGUCUGCUCGCUCCUCGCCGCCUUCUACUCACGGGAACUUGCUGAAAAGCUUCCAGGCUCUGUCGCUCCUGCCCUUGAGGUUCGUGUGUAUGUCGUUUCGGUCGUGGGGGGCACUCCCGCGGACGCCAAAGCAGCGCGCACCAACGUUGCUGCUGCUCUAGCUGUCUGGUACCUUCCCCUCGGUCGAUCCGACCUAGCUGCUGCUGUCGCCCCGUCGUUGCUCCGGCUCGUGCGAUUGGCUAAUAGCCGCCACGCGGCUACUGCUGCGGAGAUUCUUGCUGAGGGGAUGGCGGACACGUGGCAGGCCCUGAUUGGCCCGCAGAUCCACCGGCUGAUUGCGGACGUUUUUGUCCUUUGUGAGGAUCUGAGGGGAGCCUGGGCGGCAGGAGGGCAAGGAAUGAAUGGGGGUGGAGGGGUGGGAGGAGGCGGAGGGGGAGGAGGCGGAGGAGGGGGGGGAGGCGGAGGGGUAGGAGGAGGAGGAGAAGGGAGAGGAGAGAGAAUCAUGUCUCUCUCUCAUCCCAACCUAGCAUCACUUGGUGGUGGUGGUGCAUCAGGCAACAACCCCCCUGCCGUCGGUGCCGGUUCCUCUUCUUCUUCUGCUCGCAACAGCUUCUCCUCCACAAGUCACACAGGCACCAGUAGCAACCAGAUGGGCAUGGGCAUGGGUAUGGGUAUGGGAGGGGGGUCUAUAACAGCAGCAGGGAUUGUCACCCCUCCCACGUCCGCUGCCCCCUCGCCCUCUGUUGGCGGCCCGCCAUCCCCGUCGCCGCACAGCACUGUGAGGCGACUCGACCUGGGCCCAGGUUCUAUGGGCACCCCAGGGGGAGGGGGAGCGGGAGGAGGAGGGGGCAGGAUGGGGGGGUAUGGGUCUGCUUCGGGAGGAGGAGGAGGAGGAGGAGCGGGGCUGACUCGUGGUGUGAGCGGUAGUGGGAGCAUGAACGAUAUUCUCACGCCAACGUCGCUGGCCUCGCCAGCAGUCACGCCGUCAGGCUUCCGCAGCAGCACAGGGGACGUGCACGCACACAUGCAUGCGAACAUGCACCCAAACAUGCACGCUGCUGACGUGCAUUCGGACAUGCAUGGUGACAUGCAUGGCGGCAUGCAUGCGGACAUGCACUUGGACAUGCAUCAUCAUCACCAUGGUAUUCAUUCCGUCCCUGUCUCAGCAGCCAUGCUCUCUGACGCACACUCUUUGGAUGCAGGCACCAUUCUCACCCCUGGGGCUGUCCCUGCUUCUUCUGCCACUGCCUCUGCCGCUGCUGCGGCUGCGGCUGGUGCAAGCAAUGCUAGCAGCAGAGGCAGCCAUAGAAACAGCACCGGUGGUGGUGCAGGAAUGACAAGGCAGCACUCCUCCUCAUCCUCUUUUAUCCCCUCCAACUCCUCCGAAACGCCCGGAGGAACGGGAGGAGGCUCAGAAGCAGCAUCACCAGCAUCAUCAUCAUCACCAGUUGCAGCAGCAGCAGCAGGAGCAGCAGCAGCAGCAACAGCGCCAGGGCAGCCGUCAGCAGCGGUGGCAAUAGUCGUCCGGGAGGCACUGGCAACAUCGCUUCUCCCAGCGCUAGCCAUGGCAGAUCCAGCAGCGUUCCUGACGGUGGUGCAGGGGCAGAUGGCAGGGGGGGCGCCCCCGGACUCGUCGGUGCAUGUGACUGCGCUCAUGGCGAUUAUCAGGGCCGUGCGCUCGUACCCCCGCUCGCUGCUCUGCCACCUCACGCAGAUAGUGGAGUGUGCCCUCAAGUGCACGGACCAGUCCAACGCCCCCCUCCGCAAGAACUGUCUGCACACCGCCAUGGCGCUGCUCAUGGAGCUGCCGCGCAACUUCCCCAUGGCCGCCGUCUUCCAGAGCCCGCCCGCCUCGCCCAACUCCUACCUGCGCCUCGCUGUGGGGGACGCCGUGGGGGACGUGGGACGCAUCGCCAUUCACGUCUACGACCUGCGCUCGGGCACCAAGUUCCGCACGCUAGAUGCUAGCAGCGCUCCAGGCCACCCCACCUUCCUCCGCUCCCUCUCCCGCCGCUCCUCCUCAUCUGCUGCUGCUGCUACUACUGCCAAUGAUUCCGCAGCACCAUCACCAACCACCCUGCUUUCUCCGUCCUCCUCCCAUUCCUCGCUCCCAGCCAUCUCCCCCUCCUCCUCCCCCUCCUCCUCCUCUUCCACUACCGCUGCCUCUCUCCCCCACCAGCCCACCCCCCCGCACCCGCUCGCGCACAUCGGGAGCAUCUCAGCCGUCGCUUUCGCGCCAGAUGGCGAGGCCGUAGUGGCCUUCUCUCAGAUCGGACUAGUGCUGCGGUGGUGGUCCAUAGGCAUGGCGUGGUGGGAGAAAUUAACUCGCGCGCCCACGGCACCAGUGCACUGCAGCAAGCUGGUUAUGGUGCCACACCUGCCGGAGCUCCCUCCUGAUCUGCUCGUGCUGACUGGAGGUGGCUCGGUGGGGCGAGCAGAGGAGGAAGAGCAGCAGCAGCAGCAGCAGCAGCAGCAGCAGCAGCAGCAGCAGCAGCAGCAGCAGCAGCAGCAGCAGCAGCAGCAGCAGCAGCAGCAGCAGCAGCAGCAGCGGCGGCGGUCGAGUGGGGAUGCGCUGCCGACGAUGGCCUUUGGCUCUUUCCUUUUCACGGCAGCAGGCGGGUCAGCAGCAGCAGGGGCCACGAGAGCACCGGGCGGCACAACCACAGAUACAGCCACCGCAGGCCGCCCGCUUCCCUCCGCAUCCUCCACUCUUCCUCCCCUUGCUGCUUCCCUGGGAGGGGCAGUCGGAGGAGGGGGAGGGGGAGCAGCAGGGAGAGGAGGCGGGGUGGUUGUGGGGGGAAGCACGAGGGGGGGCAUGCAGGCAGCUAUGGCACUGGCAGCUCAGCUGUUGGAUCUACAUGUGGCGUUGGAAUGGAGGCCUGAUCGGACAGUGGUGCUGCUGUACAACGGGGCUGUGGUGGCUACUUUCUAA